AUGGUUUUCAGCUUCGUCGGCUUUUCUGGUUUGUUAUAUUUUCUACUGGUUUUUUUGGGUGAUGGUGAUGCUAGUUCUGAGUUUGAACAAAGGUUAUGUUUUCUGCAGGUUUUUCGUUCUUGUUCUGUUACUGUUUUGAUGAUUUUUUUCAGAUUUGUUCUUUUGAUGAGUGAUGAUGAAACAGAAGAAGAAGGAGCUCAUAUCUGCGAAAGCACCGUCUCGACCACGUCACCGCCGCCGCAAAACAGUUCGCUCAAUCAUCUUCUCACCAGCACAACAUACCCUUCCAUGCAACCCACGCCGAUGAAUCCCACGGUUAACCGUCCACUACCGCAUCUGACAGCUCCAUCUCCAUGUCGCGCUCACAACGCACUGCUCCGCCACGACCCUACACGGCUCUCCGCUUAG